UAUCAUCGAAUGACAUUUGGCGCAAUAUGUCGACACGGGUAGGUUCAAUGUAUAUAAAAGGUGGGCUCUGCGGUUAAAUCAUCGUCAGUAACGUCCAACCUAUGGUGUCCAAACGAAAUUCAAGUGAAGUCGUAUACAAAAGAUACAAAAUGGCAACCAACAAAAUUAUCCUAUUGAGUAUGCUAGCAAUGACAAUGACAAUGGCAGCCAAUCCAAACGAACCGAUAGCCAUUGUCAGUCAAUCGCAAGAGAUCAACCCGGAUGGUAGUUUCCAUGCAAAAUGGGAAACCGCUAAUGGUAUAACCGUAGAGGAACACGGUAAUCUGAAGAAUAUCGGUCAGAAGGACGAAGCCGAGGAAGUUCAAGGAUCAGCUGCUUGGACUGCUCCCGAUGGUACGAAAAUCAAUCUUGGAUGGCUUGCUAACGAAAAUGGUGCCGUUUUCGAAGGUUCUCAUUUACCAACUCCACCUCCACCUCAAGCAAUUCCUGCUGCCAUUCAACGUGCUCUUGAUUGGAUAGCUGCUAACCCCUACAAAGAGGAUUCCAAAAAUAAACUUUAAACGUUCGUCUAC